AUGCCCUCUUCAUUGAAACGUGCGGUUCGCAUCGGUGGCUCCUCUGGAGCUGUGACGGAUCGCCAUCACGCCCUUGAGCGUAUCGCCAAGAAUGAAAACGUCGACGUUAUCCACGGUGACUGGAUGUCUGAGUACAACAUGUCCAAGCGAGGCGCCGACAAACACCUUGCUAAACUCAGUGCUGCCCCCACCGGUGCCUUCGAGCCCACCUUUAUUGAAUCCCUUCGCCCAGCACUUAAACACCUCGCCGCUAAGAAGAUCAAAUUCGCCUGUAACGCUGGAGCCUCUGACCCUGCGCUACUCGCUGCCUUUGUUCGCGGCAUGAUCAAAGAUCAAGGCCUCGAGUUGAAAGUGGCCUGGGUGGAGGGUGACGAGGUGUCGUUGGAUAUGCUUAAGGAGCAGCAAAAGAUCGGCAACGGCCUCGAGGCGCUUACUACUGAUAAGCCGCUCGCGGACUGGGAUUUCGAGCCCAUCUACGCUCAAUGCUACCUCGGUGCCUUUGGCAUCGCCGCCGCCUGGUCUGCGGGUGCGGACAUUGUUCUAUGCGGACGUGUCGCUGACGCUGCCCCCGUGAUGGCGGCCGGGAUCUGGUGGCACGGCUGGACCCGCGAGCAGUUCGACCAACUGGCUGGUGCGUUUGUGUGUGGUCAUUUGAUCGAGUGCAGAAAUUAUGUCUGUGGUGCCAACUGGACCGGCUUCAAGAGAUUCGGCGCCAAGGUGCUUGAUUUCGGAUUUCCUAUUGCCGAGAUUGCGGAAGAUGGCUCAUUCGUGGUGACCAAGGAGGACAACACAGAUGGCUGCGUCACCAUUGAGACGUGUAAGAGUCAGCUUCUGUACGAGAUCCAGGGCCCCUGGUACUUUAACAGUGAUGUGACGGCCGAGCUGCGAGAUAUAAAGUUCGAACAAGUCGGCACGGAUCGUGUCAAGGUUACUGGCGUAAAGGGUCUUCCCCCACCACCUACAACCAAGGUCUCCAUCACUGCCACCGGUGGCUACCAAGCUGAAGCGCAUUACUUCGCAGUCGACUCUGCUACCUGUGAUAUUCGCAUCUUCGCCCAGGCCAAGAAUGUCGAGGACCUGUCGUAUGAGAAGUUUCUGCGCCCUAUCAUCGACAACAUUAUGGCUGCCUACCCCGGUGCGCAGUUUGCCUGCGAUACAAGACAAGGCGAGCCGAAGCACGCUGUCCAACACCGCGUGCACAUGGAAAGUGGCGAAAUCAUCGAAAUUCCUAGCCCAACUGUCACAAAAAUCUUUCCUCGCCAUCAGCCCUCCUACAAUACGGACUCGCCCGUCGACCUGGCCUCCUUCGGCCCCACCACUCUCGCGCCGCUCGGCUACAUUGUGCAUGCUCGCUCCGGCGACAAGGCAUCCAACUCGAACUGUGGCUUCUAUGUCCGUCACGAGGAUGAGUACGACUGGCUGCGUAGUAUCCUGAGCAUAGACAAGGUCAAGGAGUUGCUGGGUGACGACUAUAAUGGAAAGCUAGUUGAAAGGUUUGAGCUGCCGGGCAUUUGGGCUGUGCACUUUUUGUUAUUUGAUCAUCUGGAUAGGGGUGUGGCGAGCUCGAGCACGUACGACGUGUUGGGGAAGAAUGUGGCCGAGUAUUUGAGGUGUAAGAGAGUAGAGAUUCCGAAAAGGUUCCUAGAGAGAGGCAGGAUUUGA